AUGUUCCCUCACCGGUUCGUAUUGUGCGUGGCGAUCCUGGCGGUUGGCAGCGCGGCCGGAAAUUUAAUAAGGGGCAAGAGUGACGGGCCAGUCUUCGCUGGCAAGGACUCGACGUUGUCCAAGCUCGAUAUAGAUGGGAACGAGCUGAGCGUCCCGGAAGAGGAAAUCGCACCACCGCAGGACAACGCCGAGAAGAAAUGCGGCGAAAUUGGAGAAUUCUGCGUGAAUCAUUCUGACUGCUGCAGCUUCGCUUGCCUCGGCUACAUGAAGAAAUGCGUGUCUGGCUCCGGA